AGGUCAAAUGUAAAAUCAAAAUAAACUCAGGGUUAUCUUAUGACAUACAAAUCAAAUUGUAUCAUAUCUACUCGAUAUCUGUUUAUCUGUCAAUGUAAACAGAUAGUAUAUCAACAUGUAGACCAUACAUACUUAUGUGAAUGCAAAUCAACAAUCAACAAUAGAAUAGCCACUAAACGACAAUAAUGAGGUUUUUGUUUUGUUGUUGUGUGAGUUUUGUUUUGCGAACCACAACGGCAGAUGAAUAUGUAGUUGUGCAGACGACAAAUGGGCGCGUGAGAGGAACGGUUUCAGAUGACGUCAACGCUUUUUUGGGAGUGCCGUAUGCAAAACCACCAGUGGAUAGUUUAAGGUGGCAGCGACCACAGCCUAGCACCCCCUGGUCACCGGCAGUGUACAAUGCGACUGCGCUUCAACCCGGAUGUCCACAGCAUGGAUGUUUUGAUACAAACCCCGCAUUUGUAUGUCCCAACAAGACCUCAGAGGACUGCCUUUAUCUCAACAUCUGGACACCUAGCAUCAACACAUCACUGCCUGUAAUGGUUUAUAUUCAUGGAGGAAACUUUGUCCACCUGAGCGCCAGCAGUCCCAUUUUCCAAGGCCACGACUUUGUGAAGAAAGGGAAGGUUGUCCUUGUAACGUUCGACUAUAGACUUGGCGUGUUCGGGUUCUUGUACACUGGAUCCAAGCCUGGGGAUGCUGAGGGUAACUACGGAAUUCGGGACCAGAGAUUGGCAUUGCAGUGGGUACAGCAGAAUAUCAAGUAUUUUGGUGGUGACCCGACCAUGGUGACGCUGUUUGGUCAGAGUGCUGGCGGGCAGUCAAUUCCAGUUCACUUAAUGGCGAAGGACUCUAAAGACCUGUUCCGAAACGUCAUCAUAGAGAGCGCCCCGUUUGACAUUCCCUUUAAAACAAAGACAGAAGCGACGUAUCUCGCUAGCACAGUUAUUGGGCUACUUAACUGUACAGACGCCGGCGAUGACUAUAUGUCCUGCUUGAGGUCAAAGUCAACGGACGAACUCGCAGAAGCUCAGCAUGAUUCACGCACCAAACCAACGUCACUGAAGGUACUCGAUUUCUUCGAACCUCUUGGACCCUUUGUAGAUGGCGAUGUUGUCCCAUUUGAGAUAAUCACGGCGAUUUACGGAAACAAACUUCGGCAGGUUCCGACAAUGAUCGGAACUCUUUCGGAAGAGGCGAGAAUAUUCGUCUAUGAAGCUUGGGGAAAACCUUUAACUUUGCCAGAGUACAUAGCAGUUCUGUUUGCAACAUAUCCUAGUCAUCUUGGUGAGAUGUUACAGCAGUAUCCUCCAAGCGCUGAUGGGGACAAUAGGGACAUACUUACGAGUCUUGGAACAGAUUUCAUUUUCACGUGUGCAACGCGAAACAUGAGUAGAAACUUCCUAAAACAUGGACAAACAGUUCACAGAUAUGUUUUCAACCACGCCUUCUCCUUCCCAGGAUGGGGAAAGUUCAGCUAUUGUGAGGGUCAUGUUUGCCAUGGAGAAGAAAUAGCCUAUGUGUUCCAUUCCGCCGACAGAUCGGGGUUUGAUUUUAGUGCUGACGAGGAGAGGCUUUCUGACGAGUUGAUAGCUUACUGGACGAACUUUGCUUACACCUCGGAUCCAAAUAGCGGUCCGCACAAGAUCAACAUAUCUUGGCCUACAUAUGAUAGCAAUUCCACGAUGUUACAAUUUCAGACACCGAAGAGUGCCUCCAUACAAAAUUAUCUUAAAAAUAAAUGUGACUUUUGGGACAGCAUAGGUUAUUCCGCUUGAAUCAAAAUAGGGGUACGUUCAUGGUCCGCUUACGGUGUGAUAAUUUAUGGGGCGUUCGUUUCAAUUAGUCGGGGCAGUGAUUACGAACAGUCUCAAGUCUGAGUUGAGACUCAAGACUCAUUAUGGCAAAACUUCAUUUCAUUGUAAUUUUCCUUCUAUUAGAACAUUGAUGAUAAAAUUUGCUGACAUAUUUUAUGUUUGAAUGUUGCACUAUUGUUUACAUAAAUUUUGUAAAAGAAAUGGAAUAAAUAUGAUUUUUUGUUCCUUUAUAACAGUGCUUAUCUGAGUCUGAGUCUAGACUUGGACUUGAGACUGUUCGUAAUCAUGGCCCCAGUCUAAGUCUAGGCUCAGACUCAGAAAAUCAGUUCUAUUAAAUUACAAAGAAUCAUCUUUAUUCCAUUCGUUUUACAAAAAAAAUGUUAAGAAUUGUACAAUUUCGAAUAAUAAUAAAAUGUAUCAUCAAAACUCAACAAGAAAGAAAGUUACAAUGAAAUCAAGAUUUGCAGGUUUGCCAGUUGAGUCUGAACUCAGACUUCUGACUGUUAUUUAUCAAGGCCCCAGCUUCCCAAAAGUAUCUCGUACCGAACUCUCUUAAAAUUAAAUAUGACUUUUGGGACAUCAAAGACUAUUUCACUUAAAGAAGGUUUUAAACAAUAAGCAAAUUAUCUAAAGUGUAUAUGAUAUGUAUAUAAAUUUGUUGCCUUUUUAGAGGGCUUUACGUACUUUGCCAUUUAAUAAAAUUAUGAUAAGA